UGCCGUAACGCCCAGAAGAGUGAAGCCACGCGAGACCUCAUCCUGGCCACCCACCCCGCCGCCCAGGUCUCUACCGUGGAAGUGGACCUGGGUAACCUGGCUUCCGUCCUGCGUGUUGCCCGUGAGCUCCGCUGCAGGUUUCAGCGCCUGGACUUUGUCUACCUCAAUGCUGGGAUCAUGCCCAAUCCACACGUGAACUUCAAGGCACUCUGGCAUGGUCUCCUCACCGGGAAGGUGCUUCACAUGCUGACCACUGCAGAAGGCAUAAUGACCCAGACGGACAGGCUUAACGGAGACGGACUGCAGGAAGUGUUUGCUACCAACCUCUUCGGACAUUUUAUCCUGGUUCGUCAGCUUGAGUCUCUACUCUGCAGUAACGAAAAGCCCUCGCGUCUCAUCUGGACCUCUUCCAGCAAUGCCAGGGAGUCUGCCUUCAGCCUCUCUGACUAUCAGCAUGCCAAGGGGCAGGAAUCAUACAGUUCCUCCAAAUAUGCUACUGACCUGACAAGUGUGGUUCUGAACAGGAAAUUUAAUAAGCAGGGUCUGUAUUCCAGUGUUGUUUGUCCUGGUCUUGUUAUGUCUAACAUGACCUACCGCAUUUUGCCGGUUUUUCUGUGGAAGCUGCUAAUGCCCAUCAUGUGGUUGAUCCGCUUUUUUGCCAAAACUUACACUCUGACACCAUAUAAUGGAGCAGAAGCUCACAUGUGGCUGUUCAAACAGAAGCCAGAGUACCUGGAUGCGCUUGUCAAAUACCACAGCUGUACUUCUGGACUGGGGAAGAGCUAUGUGGAGCCCAGAAAGAUUGAUGUGGAUGAAGAAACUGCUGAGAAAUUUUACCAAAAGCUGUUGGAACUGGAGAAGGAGGUUCUAGAGAGAUACAGUGAUCUCCUAGAUUAAGUAAAGCCAGUCUCAGUGGGAUAAUAGUCUCAUAUCAGUAAUAUGGGCUUUCUUCAUUCUGGUGCUACUUCUGUUGCCUGCUGUUCUGCAGGCA